AUGGAGAUUCUAAACAAGCUCCGAAAUCUCGACGCUUAUCCAAAGGUCAAUGAGGAUUUCUACGCUAGAACCCUUUCUGGAGGAGUCAUCACGCUGGUUUCUGCCUUUUUUAUGCUUCUUCUCUUCAUAUCAGAGCUUAGAAUCUAUCUUCACACUGUUACAGAGACUAAGCUGACCGUAGAUACUUCAAGAGGAGAAACUCUUCGUGUUAAUUUUGAUGUGACUUUUCCGGCCCUUGCAUGUACCCUUCUCAGUGUUGAUGCCAUGGAUAUCAGUGGGGAGCAGCAUUAUGAUAUAAGACAUGAUAUCAUCAAAAAGAGAAUUGACCAUGUUGGUAAUGUGAUCGAGUCAAGGCCAGAUGGCAUCGGUGCACCGAAGAUUGAAAGACCUUUACAAAGGCAUGGUGGAAGGCUUGAUCACAAUGAGACUUACUGUGGUUCUUGUUUUGGAGCAGAAGCGGCUGAUGAUGACUGCUGUAAUUCAUGUGAAGAAGUUCGAGAAGCUUACCGGAAAAAAGGAUGGGCACUAACAAACACUGACUUGAUUGAUCAGUGCAAGCGAGAGGGGUUCGUUCAAAAAAUUAAGGAGGAAGAAGGUGAAGGAUGCAACAUCCAUGGAUUCCUGGAAGUUAAUAAAGUGGCUGGCAAUUUCCAUUUUGCUCCGGGGAAAAGCUUUCACCUAUCAAACAUUCACGUGUUUGAUUUAUUGUCAAUUCAAGGAGAGAAUUACAAUAUAAGCCACAAAAUAAACCAUCUAUCUUUUGGUGAAGAGAUUCCUGGUGUUGUCAAUCCCCUUGAUGGCGUCUCAUGGGCACAGGAGACUUCGUCUGGAAUGUACCAAUAUUUCAUUAAGAUUGUUCCAACAAUAUACACUAACAGAAGGGGGCGCAGAAUCAAUUCAAACCAGUUCUCUGUGACCGAGCAUUUCAGAAGUGCAGAGGGUUAUCCUCAGACCCUUCCUGGAGUUUUCUUUUUUUAUGACUUCUCCCCAAUAAAGGUGGCCUUCACUGAAGAAACGGAAUCACUCUUGCAGUUCCUUACUAAUAUCUGUGCCAUCGUUGGAGGUAUUUUCACAGUUUCUGGAAUUGUUGAUACUUUCAUAUAUCAUGGUCAACGUGCGAUGAAGAAGAGGAUGUAGAUUGGAAAGCACAGGUGAUACAAUUCUGAGAAAGUUAAGACCAGUUAUAAUUUCGCUCUUCAGAUAGAAUUCUUGGGACCUAAGAGGUACAGAUCAGAUAGAGAGAAGUUUCAGUUGAUGGCUGGGUGGAUUGGAUUGGAUUGGAUUGGGUUGGGAAUUAGGAUGGACCCCCUUCAAACUGGGAAGCCAUUUCAAUGUUUCUAUGUUAUUUGUUUGUCCCUCCUUUUCUCUGGUGUCAUAUUGUAUUUAUAUAAUACCAUUGAAAUAGCCUUCAUAGUUUAAAAUCUCUCUCCAUCAAUGAGAUGAAUUUAAU